AAUUGGCCGUGCAGUCAUGCUCCCAUCACCGCAUCUUCUACGCCAGGUUGUACGUCAGGCUCCACUGCGCCAUGGGAUAACGCAAGGCUACGCGAGGCUGCCACUUCACCUGCGCAUCAAAGGAGCAUCGCAAGCCCGGGGCUUUACGGUCGCCAAUGGCCAGCCAUCAUCAUCAUCAUCAUCAUCAUGGGGAAGAGCAUGGCGUGCGGCGCGGUUGAGGGCCCGGCAGCAGACACGUCGCUGCAAUAGCAGUCAGGCGACAGAUGGCACAAAGCCCACCACCCUAUCGGGGCGCAUGAAGGAGAUGUCGCGGAAGUAUGGGUGGACAGUGACGGGCAUCUAUCUGGGUCUUUCGGUACUAGACUUUCCCUUCUGCUUUCUCGCUGUCAAGUGGUUUGGCACAGAGCGAGUUGCAGAAAUAGAGCACACCAUCAUGGAUGGAUUUUGGAAUCUGGCAGAGAGGGCCAUGCCGAGUCUGAAAGAGAGACGGCUCGCCAAUGAAGCCGCCACCGCUGCGGAGGAUGCGGCGGUGGAGGCGCGUGAGGCGGGCGAGCAGGUUGCUGAGCAGGCCAAGCAUAAGAACCCAGGUCUUGGAACACAGCUCAUUCUCGCAUAUGGAGUGCACAAAUCACUCAUCUUCUUCCGCAUUCCUCUCACAUUAGCAAUCACACCCAAAGUUGUCAAGAAAUUGCGAAGCUGGGGCUGGCAGAUUGGAAAGCAAAAGCCAAAGUCGGUAUGAACGAGGUUCUGAGAUGAUAGAAUGUAAGAUGGAGGAGAAAUCUCCGCUCGGGGAGUUUGUACAACACAGGGAAGAGAUGAAGCUCCAUCAGUAUUGGCGGC